AUGUCGACAUCCGGUACUGGUACCACGCCGGCGCUCACGCCAAGUGACACCCCAACGCCUGGCAUCUCUGUCCCCGCCACGCCCGCCGAGGAGCCCAUUUGCACAAUCGGGCAUGCCUUGUACGCGUUUGACGUCCUCGUCGCCAAGUUUGACGGCCGUGACCCCGUCAGCCCUCCGUUCCCCAACGGCAAGGACCGUUAUGCCCUCUUUGUGACGUGGAACAUUUCGCGAGGAAGCAAGAAACCGUCUCUUCGAGGAUGCAUAGGCAACUUUACGCCCAUGCGCCUGGACCGCGGGCUGGCCGAAUACGCACUCGUCGCCGCCCUCGAAGACCACCGGUUCUCGCCCAUCCGCGCGGCUGAGCUGGCCUCGCUGUCCGUCGGCGUCAGUCUCCUGACGCCGUUUUCCCCCGUCCCCGACCCGCUCGCAUGGACACCCGGCGUGCACGGCAUCCACAUUACAUUCCCGCACCCGACGACGGGACGCUCGCUGUCCGCCACGUACCUGCCAGACGUCAUCCCCGAGCAAGGGUGGACGCGCGAAGAGGCAGUGCUCAGCCUCAUCCACAAGGCCGGGUACCGUGGCCAUGUCGAGGUCGGCGACGACCUGUGGCAGUCCAUCUCCAUGAAAGUGUACGGCAGCGUAAAGGCCAAAGCCACGUAUGAAGAGUACCUCGACUGGGCUAAACUGCAAGGACUGCAUGUAUCCAAACCUGCAGAGGCAAAGGAUGCCGCUUGGAAGUAG